GUCUGUCUGGUCGAUUGCCCACCUCCCUAUGGCGAACGGCUCCUCCCAUUUACACAUAUAAGCCAAGCACGUUGCUGACAGGGGCCGCGUGGAGCAUUUUCUUAGUCCGGUGCCGUAGUAAGUCAGUGAACAUCUGUCAUCGCCAUCACGCGUAGCCCAAGGCCGAGUUGCUAGCUCGACGCUCAACCCAGCACAGGUGGAAAGCGUGUAAAAGGAGCCAGCCGGAUUCGAACCCUGGACCACUCGCCUCAAAGCCCGGUGCGGACACCACGGCACCACCUGAUACUCACUAAAUAUACCAACAAAAUCAAGAUUGCCCUUUCAGAUCUACCAGCCUCGUAUGUAAAUCCGAAGACCAAAAUAUUUGAUCAAUUGGACCUAAAACGAAACUCCAUAAUUCAUCUCCGGCAGCACCAGAGGAGUGAAACCCAAAGAGUCAUAAGAAGGACAAAUCAUGGCUAUGCCUUUCCUCCUCCUACAGUUCCUGACAAUGACUGUCCAUUUGUUACUGGCUGGAACUGUUCAUGUGGGUGGUUACUAUCCAAUGAAGCAGGGUCCACAGCAGCUGCCACAAAUACAAGUCCCCCACAUGGUACAAGUUGGCAAAGAGAGACCUCAUAUGCAACACAUGGGCAAGGAGGUGCCACACUUGCCACUGUAUGGAAAGGAUUUACCAUAUACCUCUCACUAUGGGAAAGAUGUUCCUCAAAUGCGUGUGUUUGGAAAGAAUGUGAUGCCUCAGAAGGAAGCAAAAGAACUGAUACCAACAUUUCCAAGUGCAAUGAAAGGUGAGAAAGGUCCAGCAGGAGAACCUGGUGCAAGAGGACCGAUAGGACCUCCUGGGCCACCGGGAUUACCAGGUCGGGGUCUUCAAGGACCUGCAGGAGCACCAGGUCUUCCUGGCCAACCAGGUCUUCCGAGUGUUGGGAAGCCUGGAAUGCCAGGAAUAGCAGGUAAACCAGGAAGAAUGGGAUUGCCAGGCCACAAGGGCGAUCUGGGACCAAAGGGAGAGCAAGGGCCCAUGGGACCACCAGGGCCACAAGGAGCACGAGGUCCUUCAGGUCUCCCUGGAUUAGGAAAGCCAGGUAGACCAGGAUUACCAGGAAAACCAGGACUAAGGGGAGAACCCGCACAGAGAGGAUUUCCAGGUAUUCCAGGUCCAAUAGGACCUAAAGGGCAACAAGGAAUUGGUGCACCUGGUUUGCCAGGAUUGAAGGGCCCACCAGGAUUACCUGGGCAACCAGGCCCUGCAGGACUUCCAGGUAUCUCAAAGCCAGGUUUAAAUGGUCUCCCCGGAGCUCCAGGAGCACCUGGUAAAACAGGACCCCAAGGUGAGUCAGGACCUCAAGGUUUUCCAGGACAACAGGGUGUUCAGGGACCACCUGGAAAGCCAGGUGUGGGAAAGCCAGGUCUAGAUGGAAUUCCUGGUCAACAUGGAUUUCCAGGGAGUAAAGGUGAUAAAGGGCUCCCAGGUUUGCCAGGGCCGCCAGGUAUGCCAGGAAUAGCAAAACCAGGGUUUCCUGGACCUAAAGGUGAACGUGGUCACAGUGGACCACCAGGAACACAGGGACAAAAAGGCGAACCUGGAGCGGUUGGUUCUCCCGGAAUUCCUGGUCCACAAGGUGAACAGGGAUUACCUGGGCUCCCGGGACAAACUGGGCCAUCAGGUGGCUUGGGUUUCCCAGGACUGAAGGGAGAUCAUGGGCCAACUGGCCCUCAAGGUCCUCAAGGCCCAAAGGGGGAACCUGGUCUGCAGGGAAUGCCAGGUGCACCAGGAUAUCCUGGUGCAGAAGGACAACCAGGGCCAAGAGGUUUGCCUGGGCCAAUAGGGCCAAAAGGAGAGCAGGGGCACAUAGGUCCAACUGGUUUACCUGGACCACAAGGAGCACCAGGAUUAAAAGGAGAACCUGGGUUUCAUGGAGAGAAAGGUAUCCAGGGCCCUGUUGGAAUACCAGGGAUCACUGGUCCAGGUGGUCCAAUAGGCCCUCCGGGUCUUCCAGGACCAAAAGGUGACAGAGGAUUACCAGGACCUCCUGGGUUACCUGGCAUAGGAAAACCUGGAGUUCCGGGACACAUAGGACCAACUGGAAAGCCUGGCCCAGAAGGUCUUCAUGGGAUAACUGGGCCACCUGGCCCUCCUGGCCCUCCUGGUCCCCCUGGCCCACCAGCUGUUCAACCAGAAAUACAACAGUUUCAUCUUCCAGCAAUGGGUCCAGGAAUUGACGGUGUAAAGACGCCACAAGGAUACAUUAGUCAACCAAGUAAAAAAGGAAUGCCGUUGGGAAUUAAACCAGAAAUGCCUGCAUUUACAGCUAAACUUACAGUACCUUUUCCACCAGUAGGAUCUCCUGUCAAGUUUGAUAAAAUCCUGUACAACGGCAGACAAAGUUACAAUCCACAAACUGGAGUUUUUACGUGUGAAAUACCGGGAAUUUAUUACUUUUCAUAUCACAUUCAUUGUAAAGGUGCUAAUGUAUGGGUAGCAUUAUAUAAAAAUAAUGAGCCACAGAUGUACACUUACGACGAAUACAAGAAAGGGAUUCUCGAUCAGGCUUCAGGGAGCUCAGUUCUUGAACUAACACACGGAGACAGAGUCUGGAUGCAACUCCCAUCUCAACAAGCAGCAGGACUUUAUUCAGGCCCUUAUGUGCAUUCUUCAUUCUCGGGAUUUCUACUGUAUCCAAUGUAAAAAAAAAAAUGUACACAUGUAAAGCUUUUAAAAUACAAUCUUUGUUACCUUAUGGAAGCUACAUUUUUACCACAAAAAGCAAUGCCUGAAGUUUGCUGAAUUGCUAACUGUCUUUCUUUCUUUACUGGAAGGCUACUGUUAGGUAUAUCCAAAGAAAGAGUAGACCAUGUCUGUUUUACAUGUUAUGAUUGCACAUUAAGCAUUUGGAGACAAUAGUACUCCAAGAACCAGUGGUCAUCUCAAAAAAAGUUUUCUUGUUCUUAAAGGUUCAUCAGAGUCCCAAGUGUAAGAUUCCAAGAACCUCCACAUUGGUCCGACUGGACUAUAUUCCAAGAGACUGUUGUCUUGCAGAAUUGAAGCUAAUUUUCCCAAUCAAUACUAAAAUUGUAACAACAGACAGAAUGCAAGUAUUAAACUCUGAAUGCAAACUAAUUCAUUCGGUCAACGUUGAAAUUGAGAGAUAAGUUUUCAAAUUAAUAUAAGGAGUGUGCUUUGCAGUCGUUUAUAUUUUAUACCUAGGCCAGGUGUACUUGAAAAAGUGUUACUGGGUGCAACAUGGAAAGUGUUUAAUUUCCCAGAAACAAUCAUGCCUCUUUAUAAGAGAAAAUUUGCAAAAAUAAUUGCUUAAGGAAACAUGCUUAAACAAUGCAGCCAUCCCUGUCUGUGGACGAGGGACAGGAUUUCAAUGAUCAUUUCUAAUCAAUGAAAUAUGAUCAAUUAUGUAUAAUGUAUUGUGAUAUCUACUUCAUCUUGGGGAGAAUGGGGAAUUAAUAGGUGUUUAUCAGUUAACAAGAACUUACCAUAAAGAUUCAACAGCUCAGUUUAAAACAAUUAAAAUAACCAGGAUGACUUGGAUGCUGAUGAAAAUCAAAUAAAAUGAACAGUAGUUAAUGGAAAACAUCAAGAAGUUGAUUGUUUUUUUUCCUGGACUGUGAAAAUGAAGGAUUAUGCAUAGUAUGCAUAGCUUUCUGCUCUCUCACUCAUUAUUUUUCUAAAUGGAGAAUAAUGCUGGUAACAUAUUGUAAAUGUACAGUUGGGCAACUUUAUACUUCUUUAUCUCAACAGUCCAGAACCUGAAAGUGCGGGGAAAAGUCACCUUGGCACAUUGUGUUAACUUGUUGCUAUACAAUGUCAAAUCAAUCAAAAAGCUCUUAUUGUAGUCUCCGUAGACCCUGUAUCUUCAAGUGUUUAUCCACUUUAGCCUUACUUCAGGGCCAGCUUUCUUGUCAUCGGGGGAACAUAACACUAUUACACCUUCAAAGUUGCCAAAAAGACACCAGCAUAGUAUGAGAAUGUUUCAUGUAACGGGCUUAAUCUGAACAACUAUAUACAAAACAAAGUCCAGCAAUGGAUGCAUAAAACAAGCUGUUUUUAUUUCAAGCUACCUUUAAAUAAGUGAAAGAAAAACUUCAUACAGUCCUACGAUCAAAAGUUCAAAGCAUGUUUUAUGCAUCAUUUCCUGAACCUAUCAUGAUAGUUGAGAUUGAAUAAUCAUAGCUUUGUUGUCAUUCUGACACUAAUGAUAUUUUCCGCUCAUCAAUCAUAUUAUUUUGUUCUUUAUUGUCCAAAAUUUAAGUAUGAGCAGAAGAGCUGCAUUAUAAUCUAAAUAAUGUAAAAAAUAUUCGUUCACUUUAAAUCUAAGCUCUACGACUCAUACAAAUAUUUGUCAUUUUGUGUUGCUUAGAUUCACAUCCAAUUAAUUUUCCAUAAAAGCCAAGGAGUAUUUAAAUAUUAAUAAAAUUCACAUAAAACCACUUGUUAACUCUGGCAACUUCUGUUUUUUUUAUUUGCAUUAAUUUCUCUUGACAGCACUUUGCAAUCAACAGUCAUUAGCUGCAUCACAAUCUAUUUAUUCCAUUUUCACUGCUCAUUUUAUUUUAGCAAGCUUUUCAUUCCAACAACAUUGCAGAAUUGAUGAUGCUUCUAUCUUUAGAAGCCUUGGUGUUUUGCAUCAUUUUUUGCGGUUACUGUGUCAGAUUUUUUUGCUAUUAUCAGAUCACAAUUUUACGAUAUCAACAGUAAUUAAGUAGUCAGUAAUAUUUUUAACAGAUAGGUUAUUAUACGAACAUACGAUGCCUUGACCUACAUUAUCUUGCACCACAUUUUCACCUACUGCUGUUCCAAACAUAAGCCCCUCAGACAAAGGGCAUGACUGAAAAGGUAAGGGGAAUUAGUCACUUCUGUCCAGAGCCAGAAUUCAAAAGCAAUUCCUAUCUACCUUUCCAUGCUGAGGGGGUCUAUCAGAAAAACAUGCAAAAAUACAGUAGCUUAAAAGUUCAGUGUUAGCUCUGAAUAGAACACAACUAGAAAAAAAGGCAACAUACCUGGUGAAUUAUCGGUCAGAACUAAUGUUUCAUUUUUGAAAAAUUGCAUUAACACUCUGAAUGUAAUGGAAUGUACUUCCGUAACUAACACUUGUUCUGUAUUAUUAAAAAGAUUUUGUACCAAAUUAGGAAUUAUUGUAUGAAAUAAAAAAUAUUUUCAGCUUCACUUCAAGGAUCUUUCUUAUUAUUCCAAAUGUAAAUUGAAAGGGCAUUCUUUCCACAAUCAAACCUUCAAUUUGGCAUUUCUAUUUUUUUUAAUUUCACUUAUAAUUGUCUGGGCACUUUCUCAGUUUCUACAAGAUCAACAGGCUGGGAUCUGCUAUUGACUGAGAUUACAUACCAUUUACUUUGUCUCUGCUGGCGUGGUCCCAGCCUCACUCUGGCAGGCUGGCUCCCUGAACUAGGGUGGGUUCGGCAGAACAAAGAUGGCACCUCACUUUGUUCGAGCAAUCAUAGAGUAGUUCUCACCUGCACAAAGGCCACAGCCCUUUGCGACUUUCAAAGCCAUUUCAUAGCAUUCAAGAACACCCACAUUGAGAACUUGAAGGCAACUAAAUGCAUUUUAAGCCAACGGUAUUAAAAGAAAUUUUUCCCGGUACAUUCACACUGCCCCAUUCAAUUCGUGGGGAACGUAGAAGAAAUCACUGCCACUGGGUUAAGCACACAUUGGUACUGGACUGAGGGACUUUUGCGAAGUAACGAAGUCAAUUUGACAGAAGUACUGCUGCCCAGGGUAGCCCCCAUCAUUUUUCAACAAUUAUUUCAUCAGCUCAAUGCAAUCAAAUUCUUCGUUUAUUCUCUUUAAAAAUAUUUUAAGUAGAUGAAUUCACCAAACUUUCUCAGGUGAAAGAGCAAAAUGAACCACAUAUGAUCAAACACUAGAUAAAAUUAAUGGGCUUGGGAUGCAUGUUGAGCAGAUAGGGAGAUGGAAAGUUAUACAGGCGUAACAUUCCAGUUUUAAACAGACAGAAAAUGGUGGCAGAGAACAUAUCUGAGCAGUGCAGUUAAUACACAUACUUUCCCCAUACAGGACUUGGUUAGAUUAAUGACUCAAAGUCUAAAUUCUCCAUUAUCCAUUAUCAAGUUACAAGGUUUCACAAAGUUUGUUUUCAUUGUUAGCUCUAACACCCAGUCAUUGAAACAUUUUGGCACUACCUUUAUUUUCACAGGAUUUAUUAAAGUCCAAAAUAAAUUUAUUAUCAAAGUACAUAUGUCACAAUAUACAAUCCUGAGAUUCAUUUGCUUGCAGACAAUCAACAAUAAAUACAAGAAACACAAUAGAAUCAAUGAAAUGCAAACACGAAGAAAUUUGCAGAUGCUGAAAAUUCAGGCAACACACACAAAAUGCUUUUGGAAUGCAGCAGGCCAGGCAGCAUCUAUAGGAAGAAGUACAGAUGACGUUUCGGGCUGAGACCCUUCGUCAGGACUAACUGAAAGAAGAGUUAGUAAGAGAUUUGAAAGUGGGAGGGGGAGGGGGAGAUCCAAAAUGAUAGGAGAAGACAGGAGGGGGAGGGAUGGAGCUAAGAGCUGGAAAGUGAAUUGGCAAAAGGGAUAUGAGGCUGGAGAAGGGAGAGGAUUAUGGGACGGUAGGCUGAGGGAGAAAGGAGGAGAAGGAGAGCACCACAGGAAGAUGGAGAGCAGGCAAGGAGUUAUUGAGAGAGAGAGAGAAAAGAGAAAAUAAUAAUAAAUAAAUAAAUAGAUAAAUAAGGGAUGGGGAAAGAAGGGGAGGAGGGGCAUUAAUGGAAGUUAGAGAAGUCAAGGUUCAUGCCAUCAGGUUGGAGGCUACCCAGACGGAAUAUAAGGUGCUGUUCCUCCAACCUGAGUGUGGCUUCAUCUUUACAGUAGAGGAGGCCGUGGAUAGACAUGUCAGAAUGGGAAUGGGAUGUGGAAUUAAAAUGUGUGGCCACUGGGAGAUCCUGCUUUCUCUGGCAGACAGAGCAUAGGUGUUCAGCGAAACGGUCUGCGUCGGGUCUCACCAAUAUAUAGAAGGCCACACCUGGAGCACCGACGCUGACUCACAGGUGAAGUGUUGCCUCACCCCAGCUGACUCACAGGUGAAGUGUUGCCUCACCUGGAAGGACUGUCUGGGGCCCCGAAUGGUGGUGAGGGAGGAAGUGUAAGGGCAUGUGUAGCACUUGUUCCGCUUACAAGGAUAAGUGCCAGGAGGGAGAUCGGUGGGAAGGGAUGCGGGGGAUGAGUGGACAAGGAAGUCGCAUAGGGAGCAACCCCUGCAGAAAGCGGGGGGGGGAGGGAAAGAUGUGCUUGGUGGUGGGAUCCCAUUGGAGGUGACAGAAGUUACGGAGAAUUAUAUGUUGGACCCAGAAGCUGGUGGGGUGGUAGGUGAGGACAAGGGGAACCCUAUCCCUAGUGGGAUGGCGGGAGGAUGGAGUGAGAGCAGAUGUGCGUGAAAUGGGAGAGAUGCGUUUGAGAGCAGAGUUGAUGGUGGAGGAAGGGAAGCCCCUUUCUUUAAAAAAGAAAGACAUCUCCUUCGUCCUGGAAUGAAAAGCCUCAUCCAAGACCACAUCCAUCAGGAUGGACAACCACCAAUGUGGGAAAACUGUAAAUACAAAAAGAGGAAAAAAAGCAAUAAAUAUUAAGAACAUAAGAAGAAUUCUUCAAAGUGAGUUCAUAGGUGUGGGAAUAGUUCAUCGAUGGAGUGAGUGAAGUUAUCCCCUCUGGUUCAACAGCCUGAUUGUUGAGGGGUAAUAACUUUUCCUGAAACUGGUGAUGUGAAUCCUGAGUCUUGUAUACCUUCUUCCUAAUGGCAACGAGAAGAGAGCAUGGUCUGGAUGGUGGGGCUCCUUGAUGAUCAGAGGUUCCCAACAUGGUGUCCACAGAACCCUUGCUUAAUGGUAUUGGUCCAUGGCAUAAAAAAGGUUGGGAACCCCUGAUGACGGAUGCUACUUUCCUACAACAACGCUCGUGUAGAUAUGCUCAAUGUGGGGAGGGCUUCACCAGUGAUGGACUGGGCUUUUUCCAUACAAGGACAUCAAUGUUUCCAUACCAGUCCAUGAUGUAACCAGUCAGUAUAAUCUCCACCACAUACCUAUAGAAGUUUGUCAGAGUUUUAGAUGACAUGAAGAAUCUUCGCAAACUUCUAAGAAAGUAGACUAACAAAACAAAAUGCCAACUUGGCGAACAAUUUGCCAGUACUUCACAACUUUAAUGAUAAAUACACCAAGGGGAAAAUGAGUUAAAUUGAUUCAUUUACUAAUUUAUGGCUUGGUAAUGAAAAAUUCUAGAUAAUGUGUUACAGUUUAAGCAGCACAAAACCAGUUUAACAACAUGAAUAUAAAGGUGCAUCAGUACAGUUGAUGGAGAACCAUUCUUUUAUUAGAAAGUGAAGGAGAAAAAUAAAGGGACUAAUGGAGUUGCUCAACCAAGAGCUGGUCUGAAUCCAAAAGGCUAAAUGGUCUCUUUCUCUAUAAAAACACAAGAUUACACAUGCUGGAUUACAAAGUAAUGCUUUAAAAGAGGUGAAAGUACCUUGCACAUAGUAAGAGAACACAGAGAUUUUGUCAGAAAUGUACGAACAUAAAACAGCAAACCACAAAUGUCAGGCUAAAAGGUAGCACCUGAGGCACAGACCUGACCGAAAAAUAUAGAUCAGAUCCACAGUAUAAUUUUGAGGGGACAGUGCACAUUUAAAUAGGUGCUCUUUCAAAUGAACACACACAAAAUGCUGGAGGAACUCAGCAGGUCAAGCAACAUCAAUGAAAAAGAGUAAACUGUCCACAUUUCAGGCUGAGACCCCUCUUUGUCCCAAAAGGCCCACUGUUUACUCUUUUCCAUAGACACUGCCUGACCUGCUAAGCUGCUCCAGCAUUUUGUGUACAUUGCUUUGGAUUUCUAGCAUCUGCAAAUUUUCUCGUAUUUGCUAUUUGAAAUAUGCUGUUUAACUACCGCCAUAUCAGUGACAUAAAAAGGAACUAGUUUCAGCAUUCGAAGUUAUGGGAGAUUUUCCCGUAGUGUUCACACCGAUAGGCAUUUUAUCAUAGAAUGAAUUCUGAAACACUUCUAUCAUAUGAUGAAAGACUGGAUGAACUAGGCUUGUAGUCGUUGGAAUUUAGAAGAUUGAGGGGGGAUCUUAUUGAAAUGUAUAAAAUCCUAAAGGGAUUGGGCAGGCUAGAUGCAGGAAGAUUGUUCCCGAUGUUGGGGAAGUCCAGAACGAGGGGUCACAGUUUGAGGAUAAAGGGGAAGCCUUUUAAGACCGAGAUUAGGAAAAACUUCUUCACCCAGAGAGUGGUGAAUCUGUGGAAUUCUCUGCCACAGGAAACAUAGAAACAUAGAAACAGAAAAUAGGUGCAGGAGUAGGCCAUU